AUGGGCUUGAAGAGCAUUUUCUCUCCGGCCGGGCUGAUUUGUAUCAACAUCACCCUCGCCUCGGCAGCCGCAAAGUCGUUCUCGACGUCUUCGGCCCGCUCCCUUGCCACGCCCGCCGAGGUGCAAGCAGGCUCUGCCCCCUCCAAGCCGCAGAACUUCAAGGACUUCAAGAUCUACCGCUGGAACCCAGAUGAGCCGGCAAAGAAGCCGCACCUGCAGACGUACAAGGUCGACCUCAAUGCCUGCGGCCCCAUGGUCCUCGAUGCUCUCAUCAAGAUCAAGAACGAAAUGGACUCGACGCUGACGUUCCGGCGGUCGUGCAGGGAAGGCAUCUGCGGGUCCUGCGCCAUGAACAUUGACGGUGUCAACACGCUCGCGUGCCUUUGCCGGAUUGAGAAGCAGGGAGACUCGAAGAUCUACCCAUUGCCCCACAUGUACAUUGUCAAGGAUCUCAUUCCGGACAUGACGCAGUUCUACAAGCAGUACCGCUCCAUCGAGCCCUUCCUCAAGGCCAAGGACAUGCCAGCCGACGGCAAGGAGCACCUGCAGAGCCCCGAGGAGCGCCGCAGGUUAGACGGUCUGUACGAGUGCAUCCUCUGCGCCUGCUGCAGCACCUCGUGCCCCUCGUACUGGUGGAACCAGGACGAGUACUUGGGCCCAGCCGUGCUGAUGCAGGCCUACCGCUGGAUCGCAGACUCGAGGGACUCGUUUGGCCUCGAGCGAAAGGAGAAGCUGGAGAACACCUUCAGCCUGUACCGGUGCCACACCAUUCUCAACUGCUCGCGCACAUGUCCAAAGGGCCUCAACCCGGCCCAGGCCAUUGCGCAGAUCAAAAAGGAAAUGGCCCUCGGCGAGCCCGCCAGCGCCGCCCAACGACCCAUCAUGGAGACGGGCCACAACCAGCACGGCUAG